UGCCACAAUGUCAUGACUGAGAACCACACAUGUUUCAUACCGAGUUUGCAUACGACGCCUAAGUUGAUAUUAUAACAUCUCGGCUUAUUUUAGCCAGAAACAAUGUUGUGCAAAUAUAAGGACAAAAUCCAUCUCUGUAUGUUCAUAGUGCUGCUCCUUCAGCUGUUUUCCAGGACUGCAGCGCAGUCAUGUGCCAGGAGCUGUGGUGAGAAGUUUAACACAUGCUCCUGUCAUGCAACGUGUGAAUCUCUGAAGGACUGCUGUGCAGAUUAUAAACAGUUUUGCCUUGACAUUGAACCACACUCUGGAUCUUUGCUGGGAGGCACAGACUUCAAAAUCCUCAACGCUACAUUUGAGCAGAACAUUAACCUGGCUUGCAGGUUUAACUCAGAGAUUUUGACAGAUGGCUAUGUGGAUGAGAGCGGAGUGGGUCACUGUAUCACUCCGCUGCUCUAUGAGUCGGGCUGGAUCCCUUUUGAGGUGUCUACAGAUGGAGUCAACUAUGACAGAUCAGGGCGGUGGCUCUCAGUCCACCACAGUAAGCUGAGUCCUUUUUACAAGAUCAUUUUUGGCAAUGCCACACAGUGGCAGUACUAUGGCACUCCUAACGUCAGCGGGGAUUUAAAGAUGAUAUGGAUCUCAUCUCUAAUAAAAGCAGAGAGAGUCAACAUUGAGCUGUGGGGUUACAAUGAGACUGGAGAGGCAUAUUCUGCAAACUGGGAGGCUGAGUGGAAGUAUCUGUACACAGUGGGCAGAGAUGUACCCAACAGUGGAGUUUUCAGUUUCACCCCACAAAUCGCAGAAAAUUCAUAUUCCUUUUGGGACCUAGGGAGCAUGCGGGUCAGUCCCAGCACUAAACCAGACGGAGCCCGAGAUGUUAACGCCCUGUGGAGUGGAGCGCAUGCGAUCGCCUGGCAUCUAGAGGAGGCGUUCAGGAAGGACUCUGCAGGCUGGGCCCUGGACAAGUGUAUCAAUUGGGAUAAAGAAGAAAAAGCAAUGCCCAACUUCCUUACUGAGAUCACCGAUUGCCCAUGCACACUGGCCCAGGCCCGUGCUGACACCGGAAAAUUUCAUACUGAUUAUGGCUGUGAUAUCGAGGCAGGUAGUUUGUGUGUUUACCAUCCAGGUGCAGUUCACUGCGUCAGAGCCAUACAGGGCAGUCCUGAGUAUGGUGCCGGUCAGCAGUGUUGCUAUGACAGCACUGGAGCUCAGGUGCUCACGGGAGACUCUAUAGGUGGCAGCACCCCAGAUCGAGGGCACGACUGGGGGGAGCCGCCAUACAAGAAACCACCCAGAGUUCCAGGAUUCUCUCACUGGAAGUAUGAUGUCAUCAGUUUCUACUACUGCUGCCUGUGGUCAGACAACUGCAAAUACUACUUCACUCACCGCCCGUCCAGUGACUGCAGAACAUAUCGUCCUCCCAGAGCAGCUGCUGUGCUUGGUGACCCUCACUUCAUGACAUUCGAUGGUGUGACUUUCACCUUCAAUGGGAAAGGAGAGUACAGUCUGGUUCACUCUUCAGACUAUGAGCUGUCUGUGCAAGGCAGGACUGAACCAGUGAAAUUUGAGAAUGGUACUGUUGCUAUGGCAACACGACUCAGUUCGGUGGCCAUGAGGGAGAAAGACUCUGAUGUCAUCGAGGUGCGUCUCAGAGACCGAGUAGAUGAGCUCCAAGUCUUAAUGAACCAACAGGUGCUUUCCUUCUCUGAGCAAAAAUGGAUCGACCUUAAGGGUGUUUUUGUUUUUUCCCCUAAACCUACUGAUGUGACAGUGAUAUUUCCGUCUGGGACAGGGGUAGAGGUCAGGGCAGGUGGAGGGGUCAUGACCCUUACCGUCCUACAGCCGCAUGACUUACAGAACCACACGCAGGGGCUGCUCGGUACAAUGAAUGACGACCCUGAAGAUGAUUUCACUUCUAGUAAUGGAGUGAUCAUCCCUCUCAAUAGCAGUGCACAGGAUAUAUUCACCUAUUGUGCUGGCUGGGCCAUUACGAAUGAGACGUCACUGUUUACUUAUGACUCAACCCACCUCCUGAAUGAAUAUUACUAUGCCCCAAAGCAUGAUCCGUCUUUCAUCCCAAACUUUUCCGUGACUGAAGACCCAGAGGAUCCUCUGCUGGAGCCAGCGCUGAACCUAUGUGCCGGAGAGGGGGCUUCAUUCUGUAAAUAUGACGCACUAAGCAUGCACAGUCUGGAACAAGGCAAUGCCACACUGCUGGCCUACCGGAGUCAGAUGUCCACCAAGAAAGCUCUGGAGCCUGUACAAUCCUGUGGUUGGUUGUCACCACCUAACCAUGGUCAGAAGGAAGGAACCUUGUACCUGGAGGGGGCAACGGUCACGUUCUCAUGUAACAGUGGAUACCGUAUAUAUGGGCCCCAAGAACGCACCUGUGAAGCAGACGGCAAGUGGUCUGGACAGGAUACGCACUGUGUGGCUGAUAAUACGUUGGCCAUUGUCCUGGGGAGUGUUGGUGCAGUGUUGGCGUUGGCUGUCAUGGUGAUAGCAAUCAUUGUGUACACAAAGAAACAGAAAGAGGCGAUGAAACAACAGGACGACAAGGUGACUUAUCAGCAGCAUGGAUCACAUCUGUGAUGUUCAUCAGAGGCGUCAAGUGCAUAUUCUUAUACAUUUGUAAAAAGAUUUUAUUAACAGUAUUAGACUAUAUAUAAAUCUCUGUUUCUAAUUUAACCUUCUUUGUUUUAACAUUAAUAUGUGUCCGUGGAUGGUAGUUUAGUGUGUUUCUUGACUGAUGUGUCUGCUAAUAUUGUAAAAAAUCUGAUUAUGAGAUUAGCUUAAUGGCCUCCUCUAGAAUUAUUCA